UCCCUGCAACACGCCAGUAGUUUCAGGUCACACAGAAACCGUCGCGUAUAGCUGGAGACUCCGAUAGUCUUCUGAGAAGGGAGACGGAAAACAAGCUGUAGUCAGUUAUAUGUCGUUUCCUGUGGACGAUAAUAACACAUGGGCUCGUCGGUGAUGUACUUUCAAUAUCUACAAGACCUGUGGGGUUAAUAUCUCUUUUGGACAUUAUCCCGGUAUCGUCUUUUUUGACCGGAAGCAUUUCAUGAUGGAUUGGAACCGUCCCACACUUUGAAAUCAGUCCUGCCCGGUUCGAAUUACCGGUCGUGUUACGUUUCCUACCUUAAAACACCCGACCUCACCACCUCCGCGCCUGGAACAGGUGGAAACGUGUCAUUUUUUUUAUUUUGUUGUUGUCACCACCCACCUGGAAGUAGCAUGGGUAGCCAGGUUGAGAAACUGACACAUCUGAGUUAUGACAAUGUUCCGACCGCAGAUCCGAACGGGUUUGACACGGAGGAUGAGCUGGGGCCCCGGAUCGGAGUGUCCUAUAUCUUCUCAGCAGACGACGACGAACAAGAGGAACGUAUUGACGGACCGGACCGGAACCAGAACGAGGAAGAGAAACAAUACGAUAACUGCAACGAGUUGGAGUGUGUUGUGUACUACCGUGACGAAUCUGUGUACGAGAAAAAUCUCAAACUAUCUGAUAUGUGCACGUAUUCGACAGAGAAUCUUUUGAACAAGUGUAUACCGGGGGAUUUGGUGGAGUUCGUGGCUACGGGCCAGUACCCUCACUGGGUUGUGUACGUGGGCGACUUUCAGGUCGUUCACCUGCACCGGGCUGAAAUUAAGAAUAAUUUCCUGACAGAUGCCAGUCAGGGAAAGAGAGGCAGGAUAGUAAACGAGCUGUAUAAAUUCCGCGCUCUGCCUCCCGAGGUGGUGGUGCAGAACGCGAUGCAGCAAGUCGGAACGCGAGACAGAGAGCUGUCCUGGAGAAACUCAGAGUGUUUUGCUGCGUGGUGCAGGUUCGGGAAGAGGGAAUUCAAGAUAGGAGGAGAGCUCCGUAUCGGAAAGCAGCCCUACAGGUUGAAAAUGCUUUUUUCUGAAAAGAAAAGUCACGUCCUUGAAUUUCAGAGUUUUGACGACUUGAUCAUGGAGAAGAGGAGAAACGAUCAGAUAGGCAGAGAUGCGGUGACGCAAGAGUUAGCGAACCACCUCAACUCAACUGAUGCUGAAAUGAAGGACGGCUUUCAUCAGAGUGUAAACUGAAAGACCACAAGAGAAACUGACGGUACUGUCCAGUGGAGGACUUGGGCAGCGUUCAGCUUUAGGAUACAGGAGCCUACGUGACUAGAACACUGUUGGAAAUCCUAUUUUGUUUUUGGCGCAAUGCCGUGCGCCUUUUUACGCAUACCAACGCAUUUCUAUUGGUUUGAGAUGAAGUAACAACUGAACCAAUAAAGUGCAUUAAUUGACCAACAGUUUAUACCUUGAGAUAAGACGGACACCUUGAAACCCACAAACAUUCCCAUCUACACUGAACAAAAAUAUAAACUCAACAUGCAACAAUUUCAAGCAAUUUACUGAGUUACGGUUCAUAUAAGGAAAACAGUCAAUUUAAAUACAUUGAUUAGGCUCUAGUAUAUGGAUUUAGGGCCUAAUGUUCACUAAUGGAUGUAAACAAAUAUGCAUCUGUUGGUCACAGAUAU